AUGCUAGAGCACUACACCGGAGAUCUUCCCCUCACCUAUCAUAUAUCCCUCACUUCUCCACCCGAUGCCCCGAAGACGGUCAUUUCAACAGGCUCAACCGGCUCAAUGGGGUCCCACCUCCUCACCAACGUCCUCGCCAAUCCUCCCAUCGCACAUGUAUACGGCUUUACUCGCAUCCACACUACUCCGCCUUUGGAUCGCCAACAUACCCUCCACGAGACUAACGGCUUACCAGCGCGCUUCUCACCCGAACGCGUCACGUUUCUCAAGACCGACCUAUCACAGCCCUACUUCGGGCUCCCUCGACCUACAUACAAAAAGCUACUAAUAUCAGUGACACAUAUCCUCCACAACGCCUGGGAAGUCAACUUCAACCUCUCCAUCCAGUCUGUCCAGUAUCUGCACAUACACGCAGUGCGUCGAUUCAUCAACUUCAGCUCUCAGUCGAAGUAUGGGGCAUUCAUCUUCUUCAUCUCAACGAUCAGCACAGCAAGAAACUAUCCCUUCUCCCAUACGGGUCCAAUGCCGAAGUCCAUCACCGACGAAUACUCCCUACCGCAAGCCAUGGGAUACGCAGAGUCGAAACACGUCGCUGAGAGAAUGCUCGAUGAGGCGGCCAGGGUCAGUGGUAUGAGGAGCGUGGUUUGCAGUGUUGGGCUAGUUGCUGGACCGAAGUGGGGCAAAGGUGUUUGGCAGACAGGGGGGUGGGUUUCCGAGCUUGAUCAAGAUUGGUGUGUACUUGGGAUGUUCGCCGAGGGAAUUGGGCCUAUGGAGAGGGUGGACUGGAUACCGAUUGAUGUAUUAAUGAGACCAUUAUUCGGCAAGGAGCCCAUGACCCGGAAAGAGAAUGAGCAUACAAGCCAUCUAAGCAAAGACACCACUACCAACCUAGACAGCAAACCGACUGAGAUCACCAUCGAAGCCAUGACAACCACGUUCACUGAGACAGCCGACGUACCUGCCGCUUCGGCAAAGUUCUACCACCUAGUCAACCCCUCACCGACAACAUACGCCGCCCUCCUUCCAUUCAUCCUCUUCUCCCUUCCAUCAGACCUCCAAGCCAAACUCGUCUCUGUCAACGAGUGGGUUGCCAAACUUCAGUCCUCUGAUCCAACCCCCGAAUUGAACCCGGCAAUCAAACUCCCGGACUUCUUCCAGGGAUUGUUCGAGAUGCAGAAAGCGGGACGAAAGAUGGUGGUGCUGGAUACUGAAGAGACGCGUAGGAGUAGUCGACUUUUGAGGAUUGAUUCUUGGGAAGGUGAAAGGGGAGUGGAUGGAUGCGUGGAAAGAGGGGUGGGGCUUCAAUAA